AUGGGCGUCGCCAACACGGCCGACGAGCUGCACGAGGAGCACCGUGGACGAGCUCGUCGAGCAGCUGAGAAGCGGCAUGCCACGGUCCGUGCCCGACUCGCGUCUGAGUCGCCGCGCGCAGAUCCAGCCCUCGCGCGCUCACCGGUCGCGUCAAAGGUCGUCGACCCAAACCACACAGCGGCAGCGCGGCAGGCUUGCUCGCCGGCGCGCGUGCGUCGCCAGCACGACGUGCGGCGUCCCGUCGAACUCGCCUGCUCGCCCGCGUCCGUCCGCGCGGGUCGUGGCCGAGGGAAGCCAGGACGACGGCGGCCGGGAGAUGCUGCUGCUUCCUCCUCAUCCUCCGCCGCACCAGCGUCUCCUACGACGUCGAUCUGCACUCCGUCGGCUAGUACACCCGGACACCGUGAGAUUAGCCUCUCCUCCGACUUUGAACAAGGUCGCGCCCGCACCACGCCGGUAGGUCACAAAGACUUGAAAUCUCCCGAGAAAUUUAACCACCAUGGCUGCUGCUAUGGUUGCUGCAUGUUUUCAGCGAGGUCAUGUUGGUGUCUUGGUGGUGGCGUUUUGUUGGUGGUGCUGUCCAUGGAAGAACAACUCUUCAGCGAAGAAAAACAUUUGAUUUUGCUCAGGUCAAACAUUUUAUCAAGAAAAUGCAGGUUGUGUUGAUCAGAUCUGGUGUAGUAAAUCACCAUGUUCUUAAAUAGUAGUAAAUCAUCUACACAUGUAUGUGCCUUUGUCGAAUCUUAUAUCUAAGAUGUCCAGUUUGAUUUACUGCAUUAUGUAUCUGUGGUUUUGCUGUGAGUAUGCCUGCGGCAAAUGGUUUGAUGUGGGUUUUUCAGCCUUUGCCGUAGGUCUGCGGCCUACAGCAAAUUACCUGAUUCCUGUAGUGGUACUACGUGCAUGUCAGUAGUAAACAGGGAAUGAAAGCAAUAGCAUCCAGAUUUCUUG